AUGCCACACCCGACGCUGCUGGACAUUGGGGUGACGGCCUACACGCACCAGGCGGAGGUGGACGAGCUCCGGCAGCGGCUGAAUAUUCCCCACAACUACUUUGACUGCUGGCUUUACGGAUUUUUGGAGAACAAGAAAUUUAACAUUGAAGAGGCUGUGAGCAAAAUACGGCGUCGUGAAGCAUUUGAAAGGGAGCAGAUUGCACAGCACACAAUGACGGACUGGAUGUUGCAAAAUAUGCGAAAGGGCAUCGCGCAGAUCAUAGGGAAUGACAAGGAGGGCCGGGUUGUAUUAUACGUGGUCACCGCCAGGGACAAACCAACUGCCUCCAGGCGUGCGGAAUGUAAAAUGAACUUCGACAUGAUCUUGAGCUACGGGACACGUCUUCGCGCUGACAGCAAGCGGUGCCAAAUGGUGAUGCUCAUCAACCAAGAAAAGGCCAGCCUGUGGAGCAAUGUGGACAUGACAUUUCAGGCGGACAUUGCCCUCCGUAUCGCAAAGUUUUUUCCUGGUGCGGUGGACAAGAUGUACAUUUGCAACAUGAACCGUACCCUGGCAGCCGUGGCCAAACCCAUCUUUUCACGGCUUCCGGCUAUUGUGUCGGAUCGUAUUAUAAUUAUCUCCGAUAGCGAGCUGAAGGCUGGGAGGUUGUUGGAGUACUUUGAUGAGAGUGUCCUGCCGGUGGCGCUGGGCGGCAGCAAUGACUGUGACCAUCAGGAGAACUACACCCAGUUUUCUGUGGCCAUUAAGGAACACUUUGAGCAAAUGAAGUGCGCCGUGCUCCGUGGACUCUCGGUGAAGGAGUGGGAACUAGCGUGUCUCUUUCCGCACGGGCUGCCGGAGGACUUGAAAUCGGUUUCUGAGCGACUAGACAACCUUUCUAAUUCCGCUCUGUUGCCCAAUAAUACCCUAAUUGACUCACUCUGGAGUCAUUGCUACGCUUCCACUGAUAAUUCCAUUUGCUCGGAAUCGUUGGACGUUGUCACAUGUGACACGAUUGACAUGGAUUGCUUCUGUGCAGCGCGGUUGGUUGGGGAAAAGUGCGUGGGGGCAGAACUGCCUCCUGUUGGGCGAUCGUUAAGUGUGGGGAAAAGAGACUUUAUAGAUGAUUAUGUGGAGCAGUUUGUGCUGUUGGAGUCGUUCUUUCGUGGCAGCAUUGCCGAGACGGCGGAACGCGAGUGGCUUUCUAUUUUGCAACGCGAAGUUCUUGCACGUUCCACAUUGAGUGAUGCGGAGCAAAAUAUGGGAAAGAAUACAGCCUUGUUUCGACGCCUACCCGUGCCAUUACGGCUUAUUGCUAGGGGCUGUCUUUGGCUAGCGUUGAUGGUGAUGUCGUUUUACUUCCUGAUUGGUUCCGUUUUUGGAACGUUGUUUCUUUCCUGCUUUAUGAAUUUUCUUUUCUUUUCGAUGUUUAUUGAGCCGUACAAAGCAUUCCCGUACGGCUGCGCGCUGCUUGUGACUGGGUGCCAUUGCGCGCUUUUCUGCUCUCGUGGUAUUGAGCUGGCACGUCGGACGUACAAUGGUGAACUUGUUGACGCCUUUCGUUUCAUUGGGCCAAGGGCACUGUUGAUGCAGGCGUUGGCGUGCGUUGCAGCCUUGAUUGCUUUCUUUGUUGUGUUCUGUGUCAUGGCAUCACAGUACGACGUUGUUAGUGGGAUUCAGUACUCCAUGGCUACUGGAUGGAUUGUGGCAGUGUGCAUUAUACUGCUAUAUCACUUUCUUUACGCCUUUGGAGUCACGGGGUACUACAAAAGCCUUCGAAAGGAGAGUGCUGCGGUUGCGACGCUGUAUUUUUUUCUGGAUGUGGACAUGGACGCAAACCAAACCACCAUGCGUGGCACAGCAACAAUAGAGGUGACCAUGGCAAGUAUUGUGGCAAUGGCGGCCUUUGCGUUUGGUUUAAGCUAUGUGCUGGACGGUUCCAUUUUUUUUCUUUGCGCAACUGUUACGACGACUUUUUUGAUUGGUUUGUUUGUGGUUCUGUUUCUGAACACCGGCCGAGCUUCUUCCACGGAUGGCUUGUUAACAGUCGUUGCGUUCUACUCCGGUCUGACAUGGUUGACGAUAGUCUUUACAACCGCGGCACACGGCUGGCAAGGGAGGUGGGGUACUUCCUUGGGCGCUCUUUUGGCCUUAGCGUUGGUGACGGACACGGUUGUUCUUCUUUACACAUUUUUGCCCGUAAGGAACCGCGUGGCGCGUCGUUGGAUGUUCCGCGCGUUAUGGAUGUGGAUCAUUGCGCAGUUUAUUGCCUUUCUUGCCCUUGCAUUUAUUAGUGAUUACCGUCUUGGUGUCAUCACAAUUAUACUUGGCGUGCACUUAAUGUUGCAUGGGAUGCGGGUGGGUGGCGGCUGCUCCAACUACGGCUUAUCGAUUGUUGUUUUUAUCUUUCUUUCCGCGCUGCUCUUUUGCAUUGUGGGCGGGUGGAGCACUGCUCAGUCUGUCUACAAAACUCCGGCCAGCACCUGGCUUUUGCCGAACUACACGUGGCAUGGAGGCAAUACGCCUGUCACUGGCGUGUCUUUGCCGCAAUCCCUUUCAUUUCUGCCGGUGUGUUUGGUGCGCUUUUCUUCCACGGUGGACAUUGUGGGCAUGGCGCUUUUUGCAAAAUUGUCAGAUGCAGGCUCGUUGGAUGUCACGCUGGCAGACCUUCACAGAUGGUUUCCCAACUUUCGUUAUGUGUAUAACGACACAUUUUUGCCGUUGUCUUUUUUACAAACGAAAAUUUUUACGAGUUCGUUGAAAGGGCACAACACAACUAUUGUUACGCUUGGCACCACAGGCCAAAUGUACCCUGUGAUGGAGUCUAUGACGAUAUGGAUCAAUGUUGUGGCUCUUUCCCUGUUGGCUCUCAUCACACCAUCCGGCUGGUUUGUUCAGUUGGUGUCGCUGAUCUCCGCGGCGGAUGAGUUAUCCGCACUGCUGUGGAAUUCGUCCAUUGAUCGGGCGCGGGAUAUUUUAAGCGCGUACGUGAAAUCCAUUGUGAGUCCAACCCAUGAUGUGUAUUUUGUUGGCCACGGCCUCGCAGGGGCAGCAGCGGCGUUUUUUGUCUCAGACUUACCAGAGAAUGUGCAUAGCGUGACAUUUGCAUCGCCACUGAGCGCGGUUGCGUGGCGCCGUGGCCAUAAUUGGAUGUCUGAUGAGUUAUCCAGCCGUGUUUUGUCUGUUGUGUCGUCCUCCUCUUUGUUUUCGCUGCGUUGGAUGUGGGGGGGACUGUCGUACAUGAUACCAUGCAAUUUGUCUGAGGGUGAAUGUCACAACAUUGACUCGAUGGCACGGCUAUUGGAUGCGCUUUGCGGCUUGAAUACAAAGUCAGACGGGAAUUAA